AUUUGACCUCCGAUCUGAAGAAAGCCUCACCAGCAUGGCGCCAUGUCCGUCCGAUCUUCAGACCCUCCGACAGCUGGCAACUCGCUUGGGAGAUGCCAAGAAUGAGCUACAGCCUUCCACCAAGAGAGCCGCGGUGGCACUGAUCUUCCGCGUCCGCGCGGCGGGAGGUUCCGGGGCGGCGCCCCUCAACGUGGAAGAGCUGCUGAAGGGCAAAGCGGAGGACGAGUCUCUGGCGGUUGAGCUCCUCUACAUCUUGCGCACCUCGCGUGUGGGUGACAAGUGGUCCGGCCACGUCGCCUUCCCCGGUGGCAAGCGCGAGGCCGACGACCCCGAUGAUCGCGCAGCCGCGGCCCGGGAGACGGCGGAAGAGAUUGGACUGAACUUGGAGAGCGAUGACUUCUUGUUUCUGGGGCAAUUGGACGACCGCGUGGUCACUGGAGGAGGCCGAAUCAUCCCAGGCUUCUUCCUGGCCCCACUGGUUUGGCUCCAGCGGAGCGAAGUGACACCGGCCAUCACUAUGCAAGCCUCGGAAGUGGCUGCUUGGCGCUGGGUGCCUCUGAAAGCUCUAUCUCCAGAAGAGGUGAAGUUUGAUGUCCCUCUUCAGAUCAGUGGACAUUUAGCCUCUAUGCUGGUGCCAUUUCCUUGCCUUCCUGCCCUAACACUGGUGAAUAUGCCUUCGAUCGACCUACAGGCGCUGGAGCCACUGGAGGCCUCAACCAGUGAUCCUCAUGUGCUCUUCAGACUUUGGGGCUUGACGCUGCGUGCGACCUCGGAUGCUUUGGUCCUGGGCGCCGGCAUUGAUCGAGAACUGCCCUGGCCGCCGCUGCAGUUUCGCUUCCGGGUGGCUAACCUCCUGCUGGCUGCGUGCUGUAGCACACAGG